CAAGACAGUCGACCAGAUCCCCAAGCUUGUUUCGUAUGAAAUGCUUGACGCUGCCAGAAACAAAGUGCGAGUAAAAGCCUGCUACGUGAUGAUGGCAGCCACAAUAGGUGCCUGCUUGUUGAUGGUCCUCCUGGGCAAACAGGGACUGGACGGUUGGAAAGUCGCCAAGAUGUGAUCUGGAUGAGAUCAAACGAUCCUUCUUGGGCACUAGCAUCUUGAUUUAUUGUGAUUGGAACCACCUGUGAAGAGCUGUUAAGUGGGCGUGUUUAAUAAAAAGCCUUCCUGCAUGCUGCACAGUGGGUCCCUACAAGCCAACGCCGCAGUAGAAGCAGUGAAUGGUGUCCAACAGAGUUGAUCGGCCUCCUCGUCUUUCUUUAUUUUAUUCCACCGAGUUUGGUGCAAUUGGAUUCCUCACAAGUACCUGCUGCUGUAUGGCUACUCUGCCAACAGGUUAUGGGCCCAGGUAAAUCCAACACCGCAUGUUCCCACCGACGUACUGGUGAUGAUAGCACGCUGUGAGCACCAUGAGCGGACGGGCUGCAGAGAGGAACAGUUUUGCUAGCCGCUGGUCGCGGUUAAUGUUCGACGGUGAUGAAAAGAAUUACGAAUUAUGGGAGGCAAAGUUUUUGGGCCACCUGCGAUUGCAGGAUUUGAAAGACGUUAUCUUAAACGAGCCCACAACCGAGGAAGAAGACGAACUACAGCAAGACGCUAGAAAGAAUGAGGAAGCGUAUGCAGAACUCAUUCAGUUUUUGGAUGAUAAAAGUUUGUCGCUGGUGAUGCGCGAUGCUGCAGAUGACGGGCGAGGGGCCCUGCAGAUACUAAGAAACUACUAUCAAGGCAAAGGCAAGCCACGCAUCAUAAGUCUCUACACAGAACUGACAUCACUACAGAAGUCUGAGAGUGAAAGUGUGACCGAGUAUGUGAUCCGGGCAGAGACCGCAAUCACAGCGCUAAGAAAUGCCGGUGAGACAUUAAGUGAUGGACUAUUGGUAGCAAUGGUGUUAAAAGGUCUGCCGGAGUCCUUUAAACCAUUUGCAAUCCAUGUCACACAACGUGAUGAGACGAUGCAGUUCUCUGAAUUCAAAACAAAGAUGCGCAGUUACGAGGACACAGAGAAGAUGCGGGCUGAAGCAGAUGACAACGUAAUGAACGUACGGCAGAGGAGAGCGAGACCUGACAGACCAGCUGACCGGGGAGCCGAGAGGAGCGCCGCGGAGGUGGUGUGCUUCAAGUGCGGCCUGAAGAGCCACAUGGCCAGGGCCUGCCGACGUAAACUGUGGUGCAGUCAUUGCAAGAGCAGCACACACCGGGACGCGACCUGCAGGCAGAAGCAGGGCGGCAACCGGGACGACGCACGGAGGGUCCACGGGGUGACGGAAGACCAGGACCGAGACGAGUACUUCUUCCGAGUGAGCGAGGGGGCAGCAAGAGUCGACGUGAGAGGCCUGAUGGUUGACUGCGGGGCUACCUCGCACAUCAUAACAGACCUGGCGAAAUUCAAGCGGUUUGAUGACGGGUUCCAGGCCGAGACACACUGCGUGGAGCUGGCGGACGGCACGCGGUGCAAGGGCGUCGCGGAGCGCCGAGGUGAUGCAGAAGUCUGCCUGAUCGACAGCACAGGUAGACACCUGAACGCAACGCUGAGGCAGGCGCUGUACAUCCCAUCCUACCCACAAGACAUCCUAUCCGUGAAAGCAGCUACUGCCAGGGGAGCCACUGUGGUCUUCAAGGAGGAGAAGAACGUCCUCAUCUACCAAGACGGAGCUGUAGCCUCAGAUAAGGCCAAAGAGUGGGUUAAAGCCAUGGAUGAGGAAAUGCAUUCACUUAAAGAAAACAACACAUUUACCCUGACCAAUUUGCCAGAGGGCAAGAAAGCAGUGGGGGGUAGAUGGGUGUAUGCCAUUAAAACAGAUGUUGAUGGUUCUGAGAAGUACAAGGCCCGAUAUGUUGCUAAGGAAUAUAGCCAGAAGAUGGGUGUGGAUUAUGGGGAGACAUUUUCUCCUACAGCUAAUAUGACCAAGCCUGCAACAAAAUUUAAGUUGGAAAAAUUUGCUGGAUUUAUGUUUGGGUCUAACUAAAGGAAAAUGGACUUGUUUUCUGACUAAAAUGUCAAGGUAAUCUUUUCUUUAGGUUUAUAAUGUGAGAGCAAGUGGGGGUGUUGAGAGAUGCUCUCAAUUAUACAUUCUUCUAUUGUAUGUUUUGUCAUAUGUUUAAAUCGUAUUAUUUUCUUAUGACAGCAUCUUGAUUUAUUGUGAUUGGAACCACCUGUGAAGAGCUGUUAAGUGGGCGUGUUUAAUAAAAAGCCUUCCUGCAUGCUGCACAGUGGGUCCCUACAAGCCAACGCCGCAGUAGAAGCAGUGAAUGGUGUCCAACAGAGUUGAUCGGCCUCCUCGUCUUUCUUUAUUUUAUUCCACCGAGUUUGGUGCAAUUGGAUUCCUCACAAGUACCUGCUGCUGUAUGGCUACUCUGCCAACAAUGUCGAAGGCACAAACAGAAACGAGGAUGACCAUGGACCACUUGACUAGCACUAGCUGCACACGGCUUGUUGUGAUUACGACAAAAAUGGCCGACGGCCGACUUCCUGCUAGACAUCGCCUUCAAAAUAAAAGUCUAUCUGUCGAACGCAAUAUAAACCAAUAUAAUACAGUCAAACAGACAAGUUUCGGGGCAGAACACCCAAUUUUUCUUUUUUAAGUCCCAAUGAUCGUCACACACGCAGAAAGGCAAUGGGUCCCAUUUUUAUAGUCUUUGGUAUGGUCUUAACUAGGCUGGAUGUAUUUUUUUUUGUUGCCGUUGAUUUCUCCGACUGCCCGUAAAGGCACCACCGCGAUCAGAUGAAAAAAGAGGAAAGUGACGUGCGGACAUGUGAAAAAGGCGGCUCUGUAUGGGAGAGACGUUGAAGAGGAAUAAAAACACCCUUGGAAACCAAAACUUGCCCCUCGUCGUGACUCGGAGCCGCAACAAAUGUUCCGGAUUUGUGUAGGGUACAUUGUGACAGCAAACGAGCAGGUGAUCGAGCAAGCGUCUGAUACGAGAGCAUUGCGUUCGUAUGGAGCGUGUUUGAAGUGAACAGCAGAGAAGAAGGAACAAGGCAAAGUGUUGUGAAAUAAAAUAUUACCUGUAAUACGGCAUUUUCUUAUUUGCUGAUUGAAACUGCUGAUUAAACUGUGAAUUGAAACUAAUGGGAAGAAAACUGAUUUCUCACUCUUUAUAUAGCUGACGUGUCUUGCGCAUCCGUUCUGCGCAUCUGUAAUGGCGGCCUCCGUAUGAUAUCCGGUUUGCGAUGGAGAUUAAAAACCAAACAAUAUUUGACAAUAACACACCAUCAAGGAUUGCACCAUCGCAUCAAACGAUGUGUCGUCGAUUAUGAAUUUUACUCACUAAGUGUGUUGGGCAGGAUGGCUGAAUGCGAUGCGCGAUUGACAACAAAGAAGAAAGGUGAUUUCAAGUUUUAUUUCGAGGGAGAUUUGUCAUGUCUCGUCCCCAGUUUUUCUAUGUGUCUAGGUUGCCAUAGUUUCUGUUCGCGUCGCCCCUCCCUUCCUGUGUCACCUCAAUCAAUGUAACGUGUUUUGUAUUUAAGUCCUGUCUGCCCCUCGCUCAUCGUCGGAUCAUUGCAUGUGUUACUGUCAUGAUGUCUGUUUGGUUUCUGUUCCUGUCUUUGGUAAUGUCACCCUGUCUUUUUGUUCCACGUCUUUGUCGGUCAGUCCUGUUGUUGGUUUUGUUUUACCAUGAUUUUCUUAAAAAAAAAAAAAAAAAAAUUGUACCCAUGUAUAAUGCGCACCCCAGAUUUUAGGACAAUAAAUUAGUUACAUUUUGCGCAUUAUACACGAAAAAAAAGGUAUUUCUAUAAAGGCUGGUCCGCAAAAAUAUUUCUGACGCGUAACCGGUCCGUGGCGCAAAAAAGGUUGGGGACCACUGACGGAGUACGUACCUCCGCCGCCAUUGUUUUGUGUGGAUUCUGCCACACAGACGUAAUAUACAGGCACUCGAUAAACCAAUCAGAGGACAUACAAUUUUUGAUUGAUUGAUUGGUUGAUUGAACUUUAUUCAUCCCACAGCAGGGAAAUUCACUUGUCACAGCAGCGCAAAUGAGUGCAAGAAUAAUACGAGUGCAAGACUAAAACAAGUGCCAAAAUUUCAAAAAAGCGAAAAUAACAGACAAGGACGUUUGCUCAAGUGCUGCUAGAGAAGAAACACAUUAAUUUUAUCAGGUGCCACGCAUGUUGUCUAACAGCAGAGCGAAUGAAGGACCUGCAGAACCGAUCCUUCCUACACCGAGGGUGCAAAAGUCUGCCGCUAAAGGAGCUGCUCAGGGACCGCACAAUCUCAUGGAAGGGGUGAGAGGUGUUGUCCAUGAUGGAUUUAAGCUUAAUCAACGUCCUCCUCUCCCCCACAACCUCAAUGGAGUCCAGGGGACAGCCCAGGACAGAGCUCGCUCUUCUGACCAUCUUAUUCAGUACUGCCCCCACCCCGGCAGACCACAGCGUAGAGCAGGGUUCACCAACACGGUGCCCGCGGGCACCAGGUCGCCCGUGGGGACCGCAUGAGUCGCCCGCAGGACGGUUCUAAAAUUUGCUCAAAUAGUUGCACUUGUCAGUGAGCUGCAUCUAUUUAUUUUACAGUCAAACCUUGGUUUUCGAACGUCCGGGUUCUCGAAAUAAUGGGAAUUCGACUAAAAAAUUUAGACUUUUUUGCCUCGGUUAGCGAACAAAAUUCGGAGGCCAAACCUCUCGUGGUGAGCCGGGAGGACCCGAGAAAACCCGACCGCGCGGCCCGGAUGCCGACUGACUCCGUUGUUAUUGUAUUUUCGUAACUUUGAGGAUUGUAUUAACCCCUAAUCAUGCCUCCAAAGAAAGCAAGUGGGAGCAGUAAAGCCAUCCUAAAACACAAAGACGCUCUUAAAGCAAUGAGACAGUGACCGCCUGGUGUGCUGCAGUUGCGCAAUCGGAUCAAAUUAAGCUCCCUGCGCACUGAGGUCCACUUAAAAUUUUCAAAGUACAUCAAGACUUAUUAAUAUUUAAAUAUUUAAUAAAUUUUAGCGACGGCUCUGUCACAAUAAUGCGACCACCGUGGUGCAGUUGCGCGGUGGGUGACGCGCUACGGUUGUGCGUUCGGCGGUGCGUUGCAGUUGGGCGAUCGGACAAAAAUGCGCAAACGAAAAAAAUGUUUCAAAAAGCGGGAUUUUUUUUUCUUGAAACGAACUUAUUUUUUCCAACACAGUGGAGCCUUGGUUUUCGAACGUCCCGGUUCUCGAACAAAUUGGUAUUCGAACAAAAAAUUCGAGAUUUCUUUGCUUCGGAUGUCGGGCAAAAUUUGGUUGUCAAACCUCGCGAGAUGAGCCGAGAGGACCCGCAUGCCAACUGACUCAGUUUGUUAUUACGUUCUUGUUACUCUGAGGAUUGGAGCAGUGGGAGCAGUAAAGCCAUCAUAAAACACAAAGAUGCUCCUAAAGCAAUGCGACAGUGAGCGCGCUGCGGUUGCGCGAUCGGACCAAAUUAAGCCCUCUGCCCACUGAGGUUCACUUAAAUUUGGGAAAUUCCAUUAGGACUUUAAAAAUAUUUUCUAAAAUUUAGCAACCACUCUGUCACAAUAAUGCGACCAGCGCGGUGCAGUUGCGCGGUCGGCGGCGCGCCACGGCUGCGCAUUUGGCGGUGCGCUGCAGUUGCGCGAUUGUACAAAAAUGCUCUUUUUUUUUUUGCUUGAAACAGAUUUUUUAUUCCAUUAUUUGUAAUGGGAAACCAUGAUUCGGAAUUCGAACGAUUCACUUCUCGAACAGCCUGGAAUGGAUUGUGGUCAAAAACCAAAGCUCCACUGUAUUUGUAAUGGGAAAAAUAGAUUCGGAAUUCGACUGAUUCACUUCUGGAACCGCCUUCUGGAACGGAUUUUGGUAAAAAAUAAUAACACAUAGUGAAAGCCAAAUUGAGCAAAUUGCCUAUUUCAGAAGUGUGUGUCAAACUGGUAGCCUUUUGCCUUAAUCAGUACCCAGGAAGUACCGUAUUUUCCGCCCUAAAAGUCGACAGUGCGCCUUAUAGUCCGGUGUGCCUUAUAUAUGGAUCAAUUGAUGAAUUUGUUGAUCCAUACUGGUUGUACACAGUGCUCUGCCAAAAUGUUUUAGUACGUUUUAGUACGACUAGUAAAUUACAAGUUCGCAUCGCUUUCCAACAUUACGGUAACUAGUCAGGGGGCGUCACCAAAUAGCUGUUGUACCCGCGAGGCUAUUUCAUUUUAAAAUAGGCUGCUCCGUUAAUGUUUCGAGUAAAUCUACGGAUUGAUAUGGAAGGGAAACAUAGGUAAGUAGUACCAAUGCGUUAGAUCGAACUUUAGUCAGUUCUGAUCAUUUUAUAGGAGAUCGUUUGAGAAACGCGAUUGUUUACACUUUGCUGAGGCUCAUGGGAGAUUGCGAGCUGAGGCUCAUGGGAUUUUGCGGAUGGCUAAUGCUAUAACGAUAGCUGCUAUACGCGCGAGGCUAUUUCAUGUCAAAAUAGGCUGCUCUGUUAAUGUUUUGAGUAAAUCUUCGGAUCAAUAUGGAAGGGAAACAGGUAAGCGGUACCAAUGCGUUAGAUCAAACUUUAGUCAGUUCCGAUCAUUUUAUAGGAGAUCGUUUGAGAAACGCGAUUGUUUACACUUUGCUGAGGCUCAUGGGAGAUUGCGAGCUGAGGCUCAUGGGAAAUUGCGGAUGGCUAAUGAUAUAACGAUAGCUGCUAUAC